AUGACAGAAGAAUUAGUAAAUCAUGACUUGGAUGAAGUUGUCACAGAAGCUUUUAUCCGAAACAUAAGCAUGGUUAAUUUCGAUCCCUUACCUGAUAAAUUAAAUGGAAUUUCAAAUUUAGUGCUACUUGUAGAUACAACUUUGAAUGAUGACUUUGACAAUAUUAUGAUUCCUGAUAUUCCUACUAUUGGACAAAUUUUAUAUCAUAAUGAUAAUGAAAUUAUGAACUAUGAAGAUUCUCUGCAGUUCUUCUUCGAUAAUGCUCAUAAGUUUAAGAACCCUUUGCAGCCUUUAACAAUUACUCUACAAUUCAAGCUUGGAAUCCAUGAUGAUGGAAGUUCAAUGAUUGAUUUAUUAUCGAAGGCUAAUUAUAUCAAACGAAUGGGAUAUUUCAACUUCAAAUUGUAUAUCUUUCAAAUUGUCACUGGUCAAGAGCCUGAAAAUUUUAAGAUUCCUCCCUUAGAACUCUUUGAGGAUUUGAAUUGCAUUGAAUUUAAAUUUGACACCUCCCAGAUAUUUGUAAUUGAACCAAGAAGUUCAACCGUUUGA